CACCAAUAAGAUUGUAAUUGUUCCAGAAGUAGAGGAAAGUGUAAGAAAAGAGAAUUAUUUUUUAGAGGAAACUAAAGUAUGGAUUUGAAUUCCCCUCCUUUCAACAACACAAUUCCCGUCAAUGGCACAAUCCCGGUCGCCACCGCCCCUUUCAUGAACCCUCCGCCGGCGAACGGCUCCGGCGACCGGAAGCCCAUCGCCCUGUGGCCGGGGAUGUACCACUCUCCGGUGACCACCGCACUUUGGGAAGCACGGAGCCAGAUCUUCGAGAGGCUUCUGGACCCUCCGAGGGACGCUCCUCCGCAGAGCGAAUUGCUCACCAGAACCCCCUCUCAGAGCAGGACCAGCAUCUUGUACAACUUCUCCUCUGAUUUUGUUCUCAGAGAACAGUAUAGGGACCCCUGGAACGAGGUCCGAAUUGGGAAGCUUCUCGAAGAUCUUGAUGCCCUUGCUGGAACUAUUUCUGUCAAGCACUGUUCUGACGAAGCUAGCACAACAAGGCCACUUAUAGUCGUCACUGCUUCUGUGGAUAAGAUUGUACUGAAAAAGCCAAUUAGUGUUAACACUGAUCUCAAAAUUGUUGGUUCUGUUAUAUGGGUUGGGCACUCCUCAAUAGAGAUUCAACUGGAGGUUACUCAGUUCAAUGAAGAGGGCAAUGAUUCAGACUCAGUAGCACUAACAGCCAACUUCAUAUUUGUUGCUCGUGACUCAAAAACUGGGAAAGCUGCUCCAGUGAAUCGACUUUCACCCGAAACUGAUCAUGAAAAACUUCUUUUUGAACAAGCUGAAGCAAGAAGUAAUUUGAGAAAAAGGAAAAGAGGAGGGGAAAAGAAGGACUUUGAGAAUGGGGAAAAAAAUAGACUUAAGGCCCUAUUGGCUGAAGGAAGAAUCUUUUGUGACAUGCCAGCUUUAGCUGACCGAGACAGCAUUCUUCUAAAGGAUACCAGCCUUGAGAACUCUUUGAUUUGCCAGCCACAGCAAAGAAACAUCCAUGGUCGAAUAUUUGGAGGUUUCUUGAUGCAUCGUGCAUUUGAAUUGGCUUUCUCAACAGCUUAUGCCUUUGCUGGAUUAGUUCCUUGCUUUCUAGAAGUUGAUCAUGUUGAUUUCCUAAGACCUGUUGAUGUUGGAGACUUUUUGCGUCUCAAAUCUUGUGUUCUGUACACUGAGCUUCACGAUCCAGAUCAGCCACUUAUCAAUGUUGAAGUUGUUGCUCAUGUCACAAGACCUGAGCUGCGUUCUAGUGAGGUAUCAAACACUUUCCAUUUCACUUUCACACUACGUCCAGAAGCAAAGGCAAUGAAAAAUGGAUUCAAACUUCGAAACGUGGUACCGGCAACAGAGGAAGAAGCACAGCGCAUAUUAGAGCGCAUAGAUGCUGACAACUUGAAUGAAUUCUUCCGAACAUAAGAAGUUAAGUAUUUAAAAUAUUCGCCACUAACUAUGUGAGCACAAGUUCUAAGGUUAGCUCUUAUAUAAUAAAACUUUCUGCGUAAUGUUUGAGAGCACUAGUGUUUCUUAUGUCUAUAGCAUCAUUAUACUUGAUAGAAGGUAAUUGGUGCUUAGACAAGUAUAUGAACCUGCUCACAAGUCAUAUCAUACAUGAAGCAACUUUGUGAACCUAAUAGAUGUUAGUAUGAGGAAAACAUAGUAAGUUAGUGACCGAGUGUUUACUUUACAAUGAAUUAUGUCCGAUCAAUGAUGGCUACAGUGAAUUGCCACGAUUGUUACUGGUUAAGCAUAUAAAGCUAGUGAUAUUUAUUAUAUUAUUA